GUUUGUCUGCAUGUUAUUUCUCCUUUACAAAAUAUGAAAUAUUCCCUAUAUCCUCUUUUGCAGGCUUACCAUCUAUUUCCUCUUUGCAAGUGCUGUCAUUUAAAAACGGCAGAGCUAUUCUGUUGCUCAACAAUUGUGUGGUUGCACAUCUGGUUUUUCCUGGAGGAGAACUUGGGGAAGAGGUGGAAGGCUGCUUUAGACUUGAUUUGCCCCCACAAGCUUUGGAAAGGACAGUGAACGUUACUUUCUGCAGAGGUAUUAUCUUCUUGUUAGAUGAGACGGGAUGGAUACACAUAUUUGGCGCUACCGAUGGCGCCUAUUUGGCCCACAUCAGUGUCGCUCUCUAUCAGUCACGAGGGCAAGACGAGGGAGACCAGGACGUGCCACUUCCUCUUGUGCGGCUUAAUAUAUCAUAUGACCUCAGCAUGGCUGUGGUUGUCAGCCGCUCCAAUUGUGUGGCUGCUGUUGACCUCAACUUGUACUUCAGAGAAUAUCCUGACCAUUUAUUUUGCAAGCAAAGCUUUGAGAAUCUUCCUACGCAACAGUUGGAGGGGGUAAAUGAAGAUGGCCUCAGUAGUUCAAGUUACAGCAUGAAGUUCUUGCAACCUUCAUUUCAGACGGACAGCUCCAGGGGGAAAGAUAAUAAAAGCGCUGAGGAGAGGCGAUGGAAGAAUAUACACUUGGGUGACCUAGAGGAGCGUGGGAAUCUUGACUGUAAACACGUGACUGGUUCCCAGGUGCUCUUCACUGCCUCAAGUGAAAGUGAAGGACUGACUCUUGUCCUGUGGGAUUUGGUGACGCAGGACGUCACGCAGUCUUGCGUGGGGAAAAACUCCUUUUUUGUGGAAUAUACCAGGGAGGAACCCCUAUGGCUUGUCCUUUCAGAGACUGGCCUCUUCUUGUUCCUGUUUGGCUUUACCCAAGAGGAAUUCCUAAACAGGCUGAUCAUCUACGGAAGCGCUAGCACUGUAGAUUCCCUUUGCCGCCUCAAUAGGUGGGGAAGGUGUUCGAUUCCUGUACAUGCCUUAGAG